GUUUUGCAAACCCGGAAGUGGUUUAGUGAUUGAUAAAGUUGUUUUCAUUCACAGUGACGCUACCAGCGCAUUGCUGCUUUUAAAUGCUCCCGGACCUGUCUUCUGUAAGGUUGCUAUACACAGUCUACUAUAAGCUACAAGUAAUGCUUCACUGAGGGACUGAACAUUUCUAGAAGAAGAAGAAGAGAUGGCUCAUUACUACCACCCAGGUCCUGGCCCGCCCGGUGCUAGACCAGGACCAGGUGCCAGACCCGGUCCAUCUCCGUCUCCGGGUGUAUCCCCACCUCCUCCUCCUCCUGGACCACCUAUCCGGAACAUCCACGAGGCCAUCCAGCAGUACGACAUCCCGACCUGCGAGAGGCUCGUCACAGAACAUCCAGAAUGUGUCAAUGAAAAGGGUUGGUACGGGUUCAGCCCAUUACACCAGGUGUGUAUGCGGGGCCUCCCACAGCUGAUGGAGCUGCUCCUGGCACACGGAGCCGAGGUGGACGCAACCAAUGACUACGGAGAGACCGCGCUUCACUACGCGUGUAAGCGAGGAAUCCCCGUGUUUGUGCACCAGCUGGUGGAGAAAGGGGCAUCGGUGAGGGCGACAGACAAGAAGGGCUGGAACGCCAUGCACCACGCCGCAUCCGGGGGAAGCACUCAUGUCAUGCACUACCUGUCUGAGGUGUGUGGUCUUGGCUUUCGAGACAAGGACAACAAUGGACAGACCGUGAUGCACAUCGUGUGCAGUGGACUUGCUAACCUGGAGGCCUUCCAGUACUGUCUCAGGGAACAGAGGUGUGACCCCACCCUACCUGACCUGGAGGGGAACACCCCCCUGCACCUGGCAGCAAAGAUGGGCCAGGGUGUCUUCUGUUGGAACCUGCUCACCAUCUGCGGCUGCCAGAUGCUCCAGGUGCCCAACAGACAAGGCCACCUGCCUGUCGACCUAGCACGACAGGGAAACACUUACAAGCACAGAGAGAUCGCCAGCACGCUGUCGUAUUUCAUGAACAAGAGGUCCCCGUCAGUUACUGGACCAGUCGGUGCCUGGUGGGCGCUCCUGCUCACGCCCACUGUCGUACCAGCGUUAGCGUACUCUCUGGAACAGUGGAUACCGUUUUAUGGCAGCCUGAUGACGGUAGUCGUCUUAGGGUUGAUGCUUGUCGUGGUGUUCCGACAAACUCAUCGCUUACAACAUGUAACACGAUGGUCCAAUCCCACCUACAUUGCUGCCUUUGCUGGAGGUCUCUUCCACACAGCAGCUUGCUUUUACUUCAAAGUUCUUCCAGCAAUCUGGCCUCAGUUGUUCCUGAGUGUAUGUGGUGUGGCAGGCACCCUUAUCUGCUUCCCAAUGUUCUACAUACUAAUCAGGUCAGAGCCAGGCCACGUUAAGCGGCCGAAGGUUAACGAGGAAGGCAGGACCAUGACUAUCAAGGAUGUUGGUGAGGGGACCUGUGGGUUAACUGACUUCUGUGGAACCUGUGAGAUUGUGAAACCAGUGAUGGCUAAACACUGUAAGCUGUGUGAGAGGUGCGUGUCAGGACUGGACCAUCACUGUCUCUUCCUCUACAACUGUGUGGCUCGGAACAACCACCGCCUCUUCGUCACGUUCAUAGAGUUUGUGUUGCUAACUCAGGUUGUCUUUGUCUUCAGUGCAGUCCUGUACUUCAUGAAAGUUUAUGAAACAAGCACCAUCUGGGAAGCGAUCCCGACCAUCCUGACAGGAGACAUCUGGGUGGGGAGUCUGCUGCUGGUGAACAGUCUGUGUCUGUUCUGGGGGUGCAACCUCCUGUCCCAGCAGUACAGCGUUGUCCUGAAGGGUUACACUACAGUGCAGUCGCCCCCCACCCUCAUGCCCACCAGCUUCACCUUCAAAGGUCAACUCAACAACUUGGUCAACUUCUACCUGCACAGGAGGCCCCAUAUAGACUAUGAUGUGGAGCCAGCCUGGACAUGACCAUUAGUUUGACACUGUCUGUAACAGUUAAUAAUCAAACAACACAACUAUUCAGUUUUUUUAGAUAAAAGACAAAUUGUCAUCAGUUCAUAAACUGUAAUAUAUGUAUGACUAGUUAAUAGAUAUUUUAUGAUGAAAUGCAUAUUACCAUUAAAUGUGGUUAUUAUUACCAUCAAAUUAAAUGUGCAAAGAUGGAGUGUAACAAGUCGUUUGGUGUGAUAUAGCUAGCUGCCGCCGCGCCGAGUGCCUGCGAAGCUGGUGUGUUAUGCCGAAGAGUAAGUUCGAAAUGGUUCAUCUGGUAGUGCAUUAGGUUGUGUGUGGAGGUGAUUAUAUAUAACAGGGCUAAAUAAUAAUUACUUAAAAGGAAGCCGUGUAAACUUCUGAGCAAUGUAGCUUUUUAGAGAAUUUUUUCCAGUUGUAUAAUUUAUUUUGUACCACAGUAAUAUGUGACAGAAAAUAAAGUUUCUCACCAAUGACAGUG